UCUUUCAAAAUGGCAGCGCCCAUGAAAGAUGAUUUUCUUCGAGACAAACAUGUCAAAUUCUUCGUUAGAUGUCUACAGGUUUUACCUGGGAGAUAUUCAUCUUUAGAUACUAGCAGGAUGACAAUUGCAUUCUUUGCCCUCUCUGGUUUGGAUAUGCUUGAUGCUCUACGUGUGGUCGAGAAAGAGAAAUCAAGCAUGAUAGAGUGGAUCUACUCGCUACAAGUUCUACCUAACAAAGAGGGUUCAAACAGUACUCUCUGUGGUUUUCGAGGAUCCGCUACCCUUGGAAACCCUUUUGAUGCUAAAAAGGCAAGCGAAAAAAGCAUUCCAUAUGAUGGCAGUCACGUAGCAAUGACCUACACAGCCCUAGCAACACUGCUGAUACUUGGAGACGACCUAAUUCGCGUGGACAGACAAGCUGUUCUAACAGCACUAAGGACGCUCCAGUUGCCAGAUGGCAGUUUCCAUCCAGUGAGUGAGCCGUCUGAAAAUGACAUGCGUUUUGUGUACUGUGCAGCCUGUGUGUGUUAUAUUUUGGAUGAUUGGCAAGGAAUGGACACUGAUAAAGCAUCACAGUACAUCGUAAAAAGCCUGUCAUAUGAAGGAGGCAUUGGCCAGGGACCCGACUUGGAAGCACACGGUGGCUCCACAUUUUGUGCAGUUGCGUCCCUGAAACUGAUGGACCGUCUACACAAUGACCUUACAGAUGGACAAAUGAACAAUCUUCAACGAUGGUGUUUAUUCAGACAGCUGUCAGGGUUUCAGGGUCGGCCAAACAAACCUGUUGACACCUGCUAUUCUUUCUGGGUUGGUGCUACAUUGCAGCUGUUGGAUUGUUACAAGUUUGUGAACUGUGAUUGUAACAGAGCAUACCUAAUGGACACACAGCAACAUAUCACCGGGGGGUUCUCCAAAUGGCCAAGUCACAACCCAGAUGCGCUCCACGCAUACUUCGGUAUCUGCGGGUUGUCCCUUAUGCAGGAACCAGGAGUUUUACAGAUGCACGCGGCACUCAAUAUAAGCCAACGAGCCGCAGACAGACUGGUUGACAUUCACAGAAGAUGGCGCGACCAGUCCUGAUGUCCCUUGUAUUUAGUGCAUUAGAUGUCUAUACAUUUUUAAAUUUAUACUUGUUGGUUAUCCAUUCUCUAUACGGUCGCUGUGAUGGCACUAAGGCACUGUAGUGGUGAUAAUCUUGUCAUUGUUAUCUCAGCGAGACUAUGUUCUAUAUUAUAAACAGCAUUUAUGUCUGUUGAUCAAAAUCAAUGCAUUUACAUACGCAAGAUUCUUUUUAUUAUGCCCCCGAAGGUGGGCAUAUUAAAAUCGCACCGUCCGUCUGUCCGUCCGUCCGUCUGUCCAUCCGUCCGUCCGGCUCUGUAACUUUCCCUUGUAUGGACAGAUUUUAAAAUAACUUGCCACAUGUGUUCCACAUACUAAGACGACGUGUGGCGUGCAAGACUCGUGUCCCAACCUCAAAGGUCAAGGUCACACUUAGUGUUUAUUCACAAUGGAGUGCUGCAUAUAAGGACAUAGAGUAUAGGUUGUCGUGUCCGGGCUGUAACUUUCCCUUGUAUGGACAGAUUUAAAAUAACUUGGCACAUGUGUAUCACAUACCAAGACGAUGUGUCGCGUGCAAGACCCGUGUCCCUACCUCAAAGGUCAAGAUCACACUUAGUGUUUAUUCACCAUAGAGUGCUGCAUAUAAGCAUAGAGUAUAGGUUGUCGUGUCCGAGCUGUUACUUUCCCUUGUAUGGACAGAUUUUAAAAUAACUUGCCACAUGUGUUCCACAUACCAAGACGACGUGUCGCAUGCAAGACCCGUGUCCCUACCUCAAAGGUCAAGGUCACACUUAGUGUUUAUUCACAAUGGAGUGCUGCAUAUAAGGACAUAGAGUAUAGGUUGUCGUGUCCGGGCUGUAACUUUCCCUUGUAUGGACAGAUUUUAAAAUAACUUGCCAAAUGUGUUCCACAUACCAAGACGACGUGUCGCGUGCAAAACCCGUGUCCCUACCUCAAAGGUCAAGGUCACACUUAGUGUUUAUUUACAAUGGAGUGCUGCAUAUAAGGACAUAGAGUAUAGGUUGUCGUGUCCGGGCUGUAACUUUCCCUUGUAUGGACAGAUUUUAAAAUAACUUGCCACAUGUGUUCCAUAUACCAAGAUGACGUGUCGCGUGCAAAACCCAUGUCCCUACUUCAAAGGUCAAGGUCACACUAAAUGUUUAUUCACAAUGGAGUGCUGCAUAUAAGGACAUAGAGUAUAGGUUGUCGUGUCCGGGCUGUAACUUUCUCUUGUAUGGACAGAUUUUAAAAUAACUUGCUACAUGUGUUCCACAUACCAAGACGACGUGUCCCGUGCAAGACCCGUGUCCCUACCUCAAAGGUCAAGGUCACACAUAGUGUUUAUUCACAAUGGAGUGCUGCAUAUAAGGACAUAGAGUAUAGGUUGUCGUGUCCGGGCUGUAACUUUCCCUCGUAUGGACAGAUUUUAAAAGAACUUGCCACAUGUGUUCCACAUACCAAGACGACGUGUCGCGUGCAAGACCCAUGUCCCUACCUCUAAGGUGAAAGAUACACUAAGUGUUUAUUCACAAGGGAAUUCUGAAUAUAAGGACAUAACAUUGUAGGUUGUCCAGUAUGGGUGGUAUUUUUUAUGUUCAGAGGAAAUUUAAAAUAACUUGCCAUAUGUAUUUGACACAUAAAGGCAAGAUAAACUUUUCAUGUACUGACCUUGUUCGUAGGUCAUUGUCACAUUCGGGGGCAUUCGUCACAUACUGUGACAGCUCUUGUUGACAAAAUUUUGCUGAAGCAAUCGUAAAGUCGCUGAAGCAGAUGAAGUCUUAUCUUUACCUUUUGGUGAAAGAUUGUGCUUUCAAGUAUAAAUGGAAUGGUUGCAUUCUUUUACAAAUUACAAACUUUUCAAGUGCUUGAAGGAGUAAAUUUAUUAAUCUUUCUAAGAAUUGAAACUUAAAGAGGUCUUUUUUCAGUUAAAUGGCAAUUCCCAAGCACAUUAAAAUAAAAGGGUAUUGGUUUUGGGGGACAAAAACAAUGAAAUUUUGCUUAAACUGCAAUUAUUGUCACUAGAAUUAGGUUUUAGAUACUUUUUUGACAAAGUCUCAAAAACGCAUAAUGUAGUGGCUUUUGUUGUUACAUUUAUAUUUCACAUCGUCACAAGACAAGUACAUAUUGGAAAUUUGUUGAAGGAUUGAUCAAAUAUUAAAUUGAAAUCAGAUCAUGUUAGAGUAGGAAACAGCUGCUUUGUUAUUUUAUAGCUCGUUUUUAUUUGUCAGUUAUAUUGAGAAAUGUUUAUAAUACAUGUGUGUAUAUUUUUCAUCAUUCUUUUUUUUGUAUAAUAAUAAUAACACUUUAUUGUCAUCUUUCCGCAUCUUAAUUGAUGUACUUUCACAUUUUUGUAUUAUUUUUAGAAAUGUAUGUAUCUUUCCAAUAUACUCAUUUUCUCAUGCAUAAUAUUGUCAUUAUAAA